AUGCUUCGAUCGGUAAGAGCUACGGCAGCGGCUGCGGGCCCUGCCAGGAGCGUGCUUGGGCCGAGAACAGCAGCUCCCCGAAUGCUGGGCACAUGCAACUUCUACUCCUCCUCCUGCUCCGCCUCGGCCUCCUCCACAUCGUCAUACGUCACCUCGAAACCGUUCCUUGUCAAACCGACGCAUUCCCUACGAUUCCAAAGAACCUUCCACGCAUCCUCGUUCAGAAUGGACGCCAGCACGAGGACUGAGAGCGAUGCCUUUGGCGAGGUUCAGGUGCCCUCGGACAAGUACUGGGGAGCUCAGACCGAGAGGUCUCUCGAGAACUUCCGCAUCAAUCAGCCCCAGGACCGCAUGCCGCCCCCUAUCGUCAAGGCCUUUGGUAUCUUGAAGGGAGCGGCCGCUACGGUCAACAUGCGAUAUGGCCUCGAUGAGAAGAUUGGAAAGGCUAUCCAGCAGGCUGCCGCCGAAGUGGCCGACCUCAAGCUCAUCGACCACUUCCCGCUCGUGGUCUGGCAGACCGGUUCAGGCACGCAGUCCAACAUGAACGCCAACGAAGUCAUCUCGAACCGAGCCAUUGAGAUCCUCGGCGGCACAAUGGGCAGCAAGAAGCCCGUCCACCCCAACGACCACGUGAACCGAUCCGCCUCAUCCAACGACACCUUCCCCACCGUCAUGCACAUCGCCGCCGUCCUCGAGAUCGAGGAGUCGCUCCUACCGUCCAUCAAGAGCCUGCGUGACGCACUACAGAAGAAGGUCGACGACUUCGAGGCCAAGAAGAUUAUCAAGAUCGGACGAACACAUCUGCAGGACGCUACGCCUUUGACCUUGGCGCAAGAGUUCUCUGGGUAUGUCGCACAGCUGGACAUGGGCAUCAAGCGGGUGGAGAGCUCGCUGCCCGACCUGAGGCUUCUCGCCCAGGGCGGCACUGCCGUCGGAACGGGCAUCAACACCUUUGAGGGCUUCGCCGAGGCGAUCGCCGAGGAAGUCAGCAAGAUGACGGGCACCGAGUUCAAGACGGCGCCCAACAAGUUCGAAUCGCUUGCCUCGCACGAUGCGAUUGUGCAGGCCUCGGGCUCCCUGAACACCCUCGCCGGCUCGCUGAACAAGAUCGCACAGGAUGUUCGAUACCUAGGCAGCGGUCCCCGCUGUGGCCUGGGCGAGCUCAUUCUGCCGGAGAACGAGCCGGGCUCCAGCAUCAUGCCCGGCAAGGUCAACCCGACGCAGUGCGAGGCGCUGACGAUGGUCUGCGCACAGGUCAUGGGCAACCACGUGGCCACCACGAUUGGCGGCAUGAACGGGCAGUUCGAGCUCAACGUCUACAAGCCCCUGGUCAUCCGCAACCUGCUGCACAGCACGCGAAUUCUGGCAGAUGGCAUGCGUUCGUUUGAGAAGAACCUGGUCGUCGGCCUCCAGGCCAACGAGGAGAAGAUUGCUAGCAUCAUGAAGGAAUCUCUCAUGCUGGUCACCUGCCUGAACCCCAAGAUCGGCUACGACAUGGCGUCCAAGGUAGCCAAGAACGCACACAAGAAGGGGCUUACGCUCAAGGAGAGCGCCAUGCAGCUCGAGGCGCUGACGUCGGAGGAGUUCGACUCGCUCGUCAAGCCGGAGCUCAUGAUCGGGCCCAGUCCUUACAAGGGCUAG